CUCUCGAUUUACACUUGAACGGAGCAAACUCACACGCUCCUGGACAAACACCUGCGUCGGCCGCACUGGAAGACAAACCGCAGGGGAGACACGCUAAUAGCCCAGAAGGACGAUCAAAGCUGGGGGAAGGAUGGCAGGCGUCUCGCAGUAUCUUGUCAACCACCUCCUGACCUUCUCGCUGCAGGGCGGGGAGGUGCAGAACGUGGAGGAGGCCCAGUCACGCCUCUCCACCCUGGCGCAGACCGACAAGCUGUGGAGCCAGCGCAUGUUGCUGGAGGUUGGCCUGGAGGCCAUCCGCCUGCGAGACAUACAGAGCCAGGACGAACUGGAGAAGUAUUUGACCGACUCCAUCUUUCGCUGCGAGGCCAUUCACACAGAGAAGCGCUUCCCGUCGCUCCUGCUGCUGGUGUGCCAAAGUGUCGAUCAGAAGAAGCCGGACAUUCACUUCUUCAACUGUGAGACUGUGAAGGCGGAGCAAAUUUGUGAUGACAUCACAGCUUUGGUUUCAGGCUCCACCUCCAACAGUACCAGGAAACGCCCUGAAGAGCUCAGACUUGCCCCAGGAUCUGUAGUAAUGAUGGACCCCUAUGAGAUUCCACGUCACCCCAUCCCACACGCUCCCAACCCCCCGCCAGCCAACCCCCCGCCUUACCCCGGACCCAGAGCCAACGGUGUGAUCGGAGGACCUGAUGUCUCCUUCCUGCGUGCGGAGAGAGAAGUGGGGAUUCUCAAUCACUGCUUUGACGACAUCGAGAGCUUCAUGGCCAGGCUGCAGCAGACCGCCGAGGCCGCCACUGUGCUGAGUCAGAGGAAGAAGAAGAAGAAGAAAAGCAAAAAGCAAAGUGCUGAAGACGACUUACUGACAGCCAAGGCCCGUCCCCCACCAGAGGAGGACUUCAUUGACAUCUUCCAGAAAUUCAAGUACUGCUUCAGUCUGUUGGCCCGUCUGAAGUCGGCCAUCGCCAACCCUUCCUCGGAGCAGCUCGUCCAUCACGUCUUUAAACCUCUGGACAUGAUGGUGAGGACCACCGGGGGGCCGACUCUGGGGGCCUCGGUGGUGAGCCCUGCCCUCACAGAUUCGGCCGUCACCCUGCUGAACGACAGCCUGACGGAGGAGGAGAGGCAGCUGUGGACGUCUCUGGGCCCCAACUGGACCCUUCCUCGCUCUCAGCUGCAGGGUCCCUGUCCUCCGUACACACCAGUGUUCCUGGAUGGCUGGAAGCCUGAGGCCUCGCGGCCGGACGGGCAGGUUUGGGAAGAUCCGGUCGAGUCACAGCACAAACAUGAGGCCCUCCGAGUCAAACAGGAACAGAAACCACCCACUCCCAUAGUGAUGUGUCCCCCUGUCACCCCCAUCAGCGAUGAAACGGACUCCAGCGCUCCUCUGCCCCAGCAACCAGAUAGGCUCUACAGCUGCACCUACGACUUCGUGGCCAGGAACAGCAGCGAGCUGUCGGUGCUGCAAGGAGACAUACUAGAGGUGGUCGAGUCCUCCAAACGCUGGUGGAAAUGUCGGAAUCGGUUCAAUCAAGUUGGCUUUGUCCCGUUCAACAUCCUGGAGCCUGUGGCUCACAUAGACAGCCCUGUGACCAACAGACCUCCGAAGGCUCCUGCCCCUCCACCCCUCGCUAAGACCUUCUCAGUGGUGCCAUCCAGCCCUCCUGCCCCACCCCACACCUCCUCACCCCAGCGCCCACGAAGCCUGCCUCCUUACAGUCAACACAUGGCGGCAGCCGAGGACUCUGAUAAAGUGAUGAUGGUGAAUGACGAGCUGCUCCAGAGACUGACCAAUGGGAAGGCUCAGCUGAACAAGCCGCUGGUCAUCCCUCGCUCCAUGGACACUUCCGUCCCGCUGAACUACCACUCCCCUCCGGAUGAGGUCGCCGAGUGGCUCAAAGGGAAAGGCUUCAGCGAACCGACGGUAUUGUGUCUGGGUGUGCUGACAGGUGCUCAGCUCUUCUCCCUCAACAAGGAUGAGUUACGUGCUGUGGUUCCAGAAGAGGGCGCCAGAGUGUACAGCCAGCUGACGGUGCAGAGAGCACUGCUGGAGGAUGCCAGGAGAGCCACGGAGCUAGAGACGGUGAUGGAGAAGCAGAAGAUGAAGGUUGAUCUGAAAAUGGAGAGCAGCACAUUAUGAAACCUCAGUGUCCACACUGUGAAGUCCAAAUGAAGGAUUUGUUUUGCAACACGUGCAGGAAUUGUUUGUAGCGGACUUGCAACGGCUCCAUGAUUUGCAAGGAGAGACUAAGCACGGCCGACAAGUGCCUUGACAGCCAACAAGAAUUAAAGAGGACCCUCUUAAAGAGUAAAUGAAUCGCCCCAAAGCCAAAAUGGAUGGCCUUGAUUGAAUAUACAGUACACUAAUACAUGAGGUGCCUGUUAGAGAUCAGCUUUCUGAUGUUAACUUCCAUGUUGUAUACCAAAGUGUCUUGAUGCUGACCUGUAGGACUGCUUGCCUGUGCCGUGUCUGCCUGCUAUCUAAAUGCCAAGUUAAAAUGGAUUUCACUUCAAUGCCAUUCAGCACAUUCCCGCCUGUUUCCUUCUGCAAAGUUUUCUGCAUACUCCCUUGGAGAGAAAAGGCGCAGUUUCCAAUAAUAAAAAAUAUUUGCUGAGGGUUUAUAGAAAAUGUUCUGACAGAACAUGAACAGUUAUACACGUUAGUCUUGAUGCAUGCUCAAUAAUCCAGGAAUCCAGGUAAGAAAAUCAAAGAAGGUUGAAUCGGUUCAUCUGGAUACAUUUAUUGACAAGACAGUUGAUAUCUCCAAUGAGGUGCCCUUCGUGGGUUGAAGGAUGGGGCUUGAUGACACUGCUGGGCGGGGCUGAGUGUCCUAAUUGAGGCAGCGGAUUGACUCAAGAGGGCUCGGGCCGGCAAAAACGGCUCAGUAGUUAACAGCCGUCCAAUGAGACUGAGGGACAGGCUGUCGAUAACUUCAGGAGACAUGUGGAGGUCAUCGUCCGAGCACGUGUCUCUAUUUCACACGGUACAGCACCAUUUUAGGUUUUGACCAGGAAAAUGGUCAAAACAAAAAAAUCCACCAAUUCACCCCCCCCCCAAAAACCCCCAAAGCAAUUAAGUCCAGCAUCCUGAACGUUGUAUCCAGAUGAACGGAUUCAUUUGAUUAUAGAUAUCGGGUUAAAGUGGGUUGUUAAUCUAGAAGCGAUUGAUUUUUAAUAUUAUCAGGUUGUGGUAAAUGUACCCAUCACUGACCGCGGCACUGUUGGAAGACACACGUCCAUAUUUAUACCGUUAACUGACUGCUUUUCCGUUUUAUGCCACGCACAUAGUAACGUACGCUCCCGGCUUUGUGUAAAGGCUUAAAGAUUUAACAGACAUCACAUUCUGGUUUAACGUCUCGUCAUUACACACCCUCCUAGGAUGGAGGCGCCUAUGUUACAAUGCAACCGCUGACCGGUGAAUAUUACAUUACAGUAGUUUGAGUGGAAUAAUAAUAAUGCUAUAGUGGAAUAGAAAUUAGAUGUGAACGUAUUUAAUUUGAGCAAAAACACAGUUGACCUGAAAUGCGGGUAGAAGGGGGACAUUUAAGAUCAGUCAUAAAGGGCUGAAUGGGAAACGACCAUUUUGUUAGAUUUAUUGUAUUUGAGAUCUAUUUUACAUUUGUGGGCCGUGUGUAAACAAGGAGGCCUCCUGUCCAUCAAAGCUGUGUGUGUGUGUGUGUGUGUAUAUGAAGUGUGUAUAUGAUGAAGUGUGUUUGUGUGUGUGUAUGAAGUGUGUGCGCGCACGCCAUAUCAAAGAACCACUUGACAUACAACACAGACUGAAAAUGCAAAUGGCACACCGGGAUAUAAAAAAUGUACACUAGAAAACUGUGGUUGCUUUUCUUAAAUGUAAUAUAACUGGUUCAGCAAGACGACUGUAGGCAACACGGGUCAGGACUUCCCUCCUGCUGGCUUCUCGGCACCAGCUUCAGUUCAUUUAAUCGCUUUUUUUUUGUCAUGAAAUUUGAAUGCAUUUAAUUCUUUUAACCUCGUGUCUGCUUAGGAGCAGCAGCCAGACCCGCUUCCAUGAACAUCUUGUGGGUUUGUUC